AUGGCAAACUGUGUGGGUUAUCACACUCAAAUAGCCUCCAUAAUGGAGGUGCUAGCGAAUGCAGCCGUGGCAGAGAUCUGUAAACUCGUAGACGACGACUAUGCAGUGCUUCGUUUAGAAAUAACUCAAAGCCAGAAAGAAAACAGGGCAUUGCGGAGGAAACUACUGGAACUGAAGGUGGCACGGGAGCGCACAGAGAGGACAACGCGAGAGCGCGUCCUCGCCAGUCGUCCCAGUAGUGUCAAGAUCCUCGACAGAUACAGAGAAAUGGCUAGAGGUGAAGGACAUCUAACUGGAGGCCACAGGAGCUUUCUGAAGCCAGUGGGACACAAUACAUGGAGAGAUGACCAACCAAUCACUGUUGAUGAGGGGAGUGGAUCCUCAACCCAGCACGUUAUCGUUAUAGAGGCUGCAGAUGCAGAGACCGCUGGUCUUGGAGUCAAGCAGGAGAGGUCUGAAGAAGAGGAGAACCAACGGCACAGCAGAGACGUCCAGACUGGAUCGGCAGGAGCACCCUCUUUAGCCACGGAAAAUCCCACCGCCACCACGCAGCCCAGUACCAGAUGCAGCGUCACAGAGGUCAGUGGAACGCUGAACGGCAUCCGCAAGUCAGAGACAGACACAGAGACUUUAACCGUAACACAGAGACCAGAGAGCCCAGAGAGACUGGGGCUGGGACCUCUGGGCUGUCAUCCUGCUCUCGGCUCAGAGUAUUUACUUUACGGUAACCCAAGCCUGAGGACAGUUCAUUCCCAUCGAGACGCAGGUGACGUGUUAGAAACUGGCAAUGAUCAGUCUUGUUCUUACUCUACAAAGAUGGACCCUGGCAACAUUCCCUUGGAUUUAGAGACACAGACUGAUCUGUCUAGAGGGGACUGGAACCAGUACAGUAGUAGUGUAUACUCUGAAGGGUGCCUAGAUAAGAAAGGGGAGGUUAUAGUGGUAGAUAAGGUAAAAGUGGAGGGCGACGUUCCUCCCACAUGGAAUGCAGAUACUCACUUAGGAAAUGGACUCUCACAGGGUAGAGAUUUCUUAGAUUACAGGGAAAGCUUAGAGACUAAUCCAAAUGUCGCAACCCACUCCCCUUUAAACGACCUCACGGAUCGCAACCCUGUGUCCACGUCGAUGCGGCCUUCUGAUUCACACAGCCACGUCCUUUUCGAUCAGGUAUUGAACUCAAAUGACAGGGCUAGAGCCCAGGCUCAGGGAGGGGGAGCCACAUCAGGCAAUAGUAAAGAGAAACGGUUCCUCUGCAUGUUCUGUAACAAAGGCUUCAGCUGCCCCCAGAAGGUGGAGAUCCACCAGAGGGUCCACACGGGGGAGAAACCCUUCAGCUGUACCCAAUGUCACAUGCGUUUUGCUGAGGCUGGCAACCUGAAGCGGCACCAGAGGGUCCACACAGGGGUGAAACCCUUCAGCUGUACUGAGUGUCAUAUGCGCUUCGCCCAGGCUGGUGACCUGAAGAGGCACCAAAGGGUCCACACGGGAGAAAGGCCAUUCGCCUGUAAUCACUGCGUGAAGAGGUUUUCUGAGAGGAGAUACCUAAGGAUACACCAGCAGAAAAUGCAUUCCACUCUUUGACAUAAAAGUUACAAUUCCACUCGAUAGCUACCUGGCUAGCUAAGUAAACAACAGCAGGAAUAAUCUAGCUAGCUGUAAAUUUACAAGUAUCCCCACUAGCUGGCUACUAGACGACCAAUAUAACAAAUUGGGCCUAAAGCUUUUUGUUGGGACCCAAGGCAAGCAACUCUUGCCUGUAUCAGUAUUGGACACUAGCUAUAAUGUGGACCAAUACUUUUAUAGCAAUAUAGCUACCUACUAAUAUAAUGGCCCAAUGUAUUGCACAUUGUUUUGAUAAACCGUUUAGAAUAAGGCUGUCAAAUCUGUACCAAAUGCAUUGCUUAUCAAUUAGGGCUGGGCGAUAUAUCAAAUUAAUUAGAUAAAUUUGACUUCAUGUUUUUGUGCGAUAUUCCAAAUGCCUGUAUCGCAUUUGGAAUAUUUUUUUUGUUUUGUUUUUAUGAACGUUUAUGUCCCCUUGUUCUCAUGUCUUUUUGGUUUCGUUCGCUCCUUCUGUGCUGUGUACCUUCCCAUUUACACCAGAGAUCGGUAUAUAACGACGAUAUGCUCAUGUCUCCCAGCCCUAACAAUGGGGGGAGUCGCCCCAAAAGGCAGAAUGGCAUUGGGUUUAUUUUGGACAGAUUAUGGCGAGUGAAACCUCUCGCUUUGCCUCUUUCUUUUCUUUUUUUUCACCUUUAUUUAACCAGGUCGGCAAGUUGAGAACAAGUUCUCAUUUACAAUUGCGACCUGGCCAAGAUAAAGCAAAGGAGUUCGACACAUACAACGACAGAGUUACACAUGGAGUAAAACAAACAUACAGUCAAUAAAACAGUAGAAAAAUAAGUCUAUAUACGAUGUGAGAUAAGGGAGGUAAAGGCAAAAAAAAGGCCAUAGUGGCAAAGUAAAUACAAUAUAGCAAGUAAAACACUGGAAUGGUAGAUUUGCAAUGGAAGAAUGUGCAAAGUAGAAAUAAAAAUAAUGGGGUGCAAAUGAGCAAAAUAAAUAAAAUACAGUAGGGAAAGAGGUAGUUGUUUGGGCUAAAUUAUAGGUGGGCUAUGUACAGGUGCAGUAAUCUGUGAGCUGCUCUGACAGUUGGUGCUUAAAGCUAGUGAGGGAGAUAAGUGUUUCAGAGAUUUUUGUAGUUCGUUCCAGUCAUUGGCAGCAGAGAACUGGAGAGGCGGCCAAAGAAAUAAUUGGUUUUGUGGGUGACUAGAGAGAUAUACCUGCUGGAGCGUGUGCUACAGGUGGGAGAUGCUAUGGUGACCAGCGAGCUGAGAUAAGGGGGGACUUUACCUAGCAGGGUCUUGUAGAUGACAUGGAGCCAGUGGGUUUGUCGACGAGUAUGAAGCGAGGGCCAGCCAACGAGAGCGUACAGGUCGCAAUGGUGGGUAGUAUAUGGGGCUUUGGUGACAACGGAUUGCACUGUGAUAGAUUGCAUACAAUUUGUUGAGUAGGGUAUUGGAGGCUAUUUUGUAAAUGACAUCGCCAAAGUCGAGGAUUGGUAGGAUGGUCAGUUUUACAAGGGUAUGUUUGGCAGCAUGAGUGAAGGAUGCUUUGUUGCGAAAUAGGAAGCCAAUUCUAGAUUUAACUUUGGAUUGGAGAUGUUUGAUAUGGGUCUGGAAGGAGAGUUUACAGUCUAACCAGACACCUAAGUAUUUGUAGUUGUCCACGUAUUCUAAGUCAGAGCCGUCCAGAGUAGUGAUGUUGGACAGGCGGGCAGGUGCAGGUAGCGAUCGGUUGAAGAGCAUGCAUUUAGUUUUACUUGUAUUUAAGAGCAAUUGGAGGCCACGGAAGGAGAGUUGUAUGGCAUUGAAGCUUGCCUGGAGGGUUGUUAACACAGUGUCCAAAGAAGAGCCAGAAGUAUACAGACUGGUGUCGUCUGCGUAGAGGUGGAUCAGAGACUCAGCAGCAAGAGCGACCUCAUUGAUGUAUACAGAGAAGAGAGUCGGUCCAAAAAUUGAACCCUGUGGCACCCCCAUAGAGACUGCCAGAGGUCCGGACAGCAGACCCCCCUCUCUUUCUCCCAAGCCCCUCCCCCUAUCACUCACAACAAAGAUGAGAGAUCACUUCUACCUCUCUGACAAACGUUUUCAACUCGCUAUUUGCAUUUGAGGUUUGGUCCAACAGAAUCGGUCAUAUGGACACUGAAACACAUGGAGACAUUAUUUUACUGUUAUAGUGGAGAAGGUAACCUUUCGAACCAUACCAGACACGGCUAAAAACGGAUGUACCAAUGAACAUUCAUUCUGGGUAAUGUAUGCUCAGUUUGUCAUGCGCAUAUUACGGUACCACGUAUCGCUAGCAGCAUUUUUGUCAAAUAAAGAUUGUUUUACUAGCUGUUUAGUCUGUUUUCUGGAUGUGGAAUAAGCAUAAAACUAUUUAUAUAAGGAAUUGUCAACUUGUCAUUCUGAGAAAUAAGGUAGGCCACUUGACCUCAACAUCUGAACAAGGUGGACAGACUGUUCAAACAGUUGGAGACAGACAGAAGGGUGUGUUCAUAAUCCUCCCAACUGUUUUGCCUUGUUAGCUGAAU